AUGGCAUCAAUGUUAAGAGCAAUCUCAGGAAUUUCAUCGUCAAGUACCAAUAUAUCUAGUUCGACAAGUGAUCUAGGCAAACGCUUAGUUAAAUGGGCACUUAUUCUUGGAGUUCCAACAGUUGUUUGUGUUGGUGCUUGUUUAGUCUAUCGACAACAAUCUAAAAAAUCAACAACAAGACGUUCCUCUGUAUCGACACCAUUGACAGAUUUAACAACAACGAUGACGCCAUCUUCAAGUCAAGCUGGUGGUGAUGCAGCUUCCAGAUCUACAAAUCCAACAAAUAAUCGUGUAGUACUAGCCAUUGAAUUCAAAACUCAAGGAAAUGUGAAAUAUCGCGAAAAGAAAUUUAAUGAAGCCAUUGAAGCAUAUACAAAAGCAAUAGAAACUUGUCCAUCGGAAUCAACUGAAGAGCUUUCACAAUUUUAUCAAAAUCGAGCUGCAGCUUGGGAAUCACUUAAAAAUUUCGAGAAAGUUAUCGAAGAUUGUUCCAAAGCUAUUGAACUUAAUCCAAAAUAUCUCAAAUGUAUUCAAAGACGUGCUCGUGCUGCUGAACAAAUGAACAAUUUGGAAUUAGCUCUUGAAGAUUAUUCAACUGUAUGCUGUCUGGAUUCAUAUCAGCAAACUUAUAUUAUGGCUGCUGAUAAAGUUCUUACUGAUCUUGCUAGACAGUAUACUGAAAAAUUGCCUCCGAGUACUGCAGAAUUAUCAAAAGAUUAUGUUCGUACAUCAUUAAAUGAAUUCGAAGAUGAUCCAGUAGUGUCGCCGACAUUUAUUCAUGAAGUUCGUACAUCUCAGCCAGAUAGUCCACUUACAAAUGCAUAUCAAGCAUAUGGUGAAUGUCGUUUUACUGACAUCCCAUCAUUAUGUACGCAAGAACUUAACUUAUCAGUAACAUCACCAUAUAAAUUAGAAGCAUUACUAUUUCGUGGUACAUUUUAUUUACUUAUGGGUAAUUUCAAGGAAGCUCUUGCUGAUUUUGAUGCCGUUGUGAAUGAUCAAAAUGUUACAGAAAAAAUGAAAAUACAUGCAGAAUUAAAGCAAGCUAAUACAAAAAUUCAUCAACGGGAUCUUGAAGGAGCCCUUUAUGCAUAUGAUCAAUGUGUUAAAAAUCAUUCAAAUGCAUGCGCACCAUAUGUUCAUCGUGGCAUGCUGAAAACACUACUAGAAAAUUAUUCUGAAGCACAAAGUGAUUUUAUCGAAGCAUUGAAUAUAGAACCAACGAAUCUCCGAGCUAAAUAUCAAAAAUUAAUUAAUGAUGCAAAAAUUGGAAGUAAAGAAAAUAAACCUAAUCGUGUUGAACAAGCAUUGGCAAGUUUUGAAGAAUAUUAUGAUACAUGUAAACAAGACAUUUACUAUGCACUUGCAUUGACAUCAUGCUAUUUGGACAAUGAUCGAAAAGAUAAAGCACUUGAGUAUUUGAAUAGAUUCGUUAAAGAAAUUCCAAAUAGUCCAACAUUGUUAGCGCUUAAAGCUAAUUGCUUAAUGUCAGCUGAUCCAUCGAAUAACAAUGAAUCUGACAAAUUAUUUACAGAAGCACUUGAACUUGAUCCGUCCAAUGAAACUGUUCUGACCAUGUUUGCUAUGUUUAAAUGCAAUCGAAAUCAAUUUGAAGAAGCAGCUAAUCUAUACGAACGUUCAAUACUUUGUAGUCGUGGUGAAGAAAAAAUUAUGCAAUAUGCUGCUUUAUUCUAUGCUAUUCGAGCACAAGGAAGAGCUAUCAAACGACUUAAUCUUAGUUUUCCAGGUGGGUUUCCACAAGCCAAUGGUUCAUUGCCUAAUUGGAUGGGUGGUACGGUUUAA